AUGGAUGCCGGAUUUGGCAAUUCUCAAAAAACUGUUUUACACCGGCAAGUUUUUACAUCAUAUGAAGAUGCCAGACUCAAAUUACUUGUUCAGCAAUAUGGUGAGAAAAAUUGGAAUUUAAUUUCGUGUAUGAUGCCUUGUAGAACCCCACGACAGUGUAGAGAGAGAUAUAAAGGUCAUUUAUCACCGGAAAUACUCAAUUUACCAUGGACACCACAAGAAGACAGGCUAUUGAUCGAGAAAUACACAGUUCUUGGCCGUAAAUGGUCCAAAAUUGCGAAAUUUUUUGUCGGAAGAUCUGAUUCCAACAUCAAAAAUCGAUGGCAAAUACUAUUACAGUCAAAUAAACAAGUUCAAGAAAUAUGCGAACAACAAAAUUCUGCAAAUGAUGAUGCCUUCUCAAUAGAUACUGAUUCUGCUGACAAUGCCAAUGAACGAACCGCAGAAACGAGCAUGGUCAGUAAUCAAAAUCAGGAUGUAUCCAAUACUCAGUCAGGAAAAAGCAUAAUUGUUGCACAGUUUUCGACGCCAAAUGAAAAACCCGAUGAAGCAGAGAGUAUUCAUCCAUUAAGUAUCAAUCUUCAACUUAUUCAAGGAAUUUGGAAUUCUCCAACUGCAGAAGCGUUGCGAUUAAACACUGAUAGUCUGUUGGCCGAUCAAGAUUCACAUAAUUCAAUUGUAUCAAAAUAUAAGAAUUAUGGAGGCAAAAUCUGGUAA